CGAGCAAUGACGGUGAGCGCGGUCGGGUCUCCUUGUUUGGAAAUUGACCACAACUGGACAGGAGAGUGAGCCAAUCAUGUGACACAAUGUGAGCUACGAGACGUUCGCGCUAUUCUCGACUUGUGCCUACGCGGAUUUCGAGCCCAAUUGCGCCCGUCGCCGAGGCUUUUAAUGUCUGCUACAGCUGGUCAACGCCCGCAAAAAACAACCCCACCAAGAGGCAGCAUCAGAAGGAUGCAGUGGUUUCUCUGUCUGGCAACGGUUUUUCUUGCCUUUAUACAUGGAGCUGCAAGCUACGACGAUGACCCCACUUACAUGCAAUGCACAGAAUGGCCCGACAGAGGGCCGUGCAACGGAACCCUAUAUCGGUAUUACUACAACUUCAGAAGGGGGCUGUGCCGCCUCUUUAUCUACGGUGGAUGUCAAGGCAACGACAACAACUUCAGAAGUCGCAAUGAAUGCAUGCGCCAAUGCGCAGGAGUGAUCACCGCAAGAGUGUGCCGACUCAGGCCCGGUCCUGGCCCGUGUCAUUCCAGGGUGAUCCGCUACUACUACCAAGCAAAGACGCAUUCGUGCCGACCUUUCGUGUACUCCGGUUGUGGCGGGAACCGCAACAACUUCCGUUCCAGCGACGAGUGUAGAAUGCAGUGCUUCGGCAAAGAAGCGCACGAAAAGGGACGGUAAUUAAGGGCCAGAUGCAAGGAAAGGCCGGGGGGUUAACCAGACGGACGUCUGGUUUGCCACCUUACACUGGGGAAAUGCAUAAAGGAGGGGAAAGACACAAAAGAAGAGAGUUUAAGGUGCGCUAAGGUGCGCUACAGGCUUAAGCGCUUAAGGCUUAAGCGCUUAAGCCUUAAGCGCUUAAGC